CCGAAAGUUCACUCGCAUAUAUUAGGCAAUUCAAUCUUUCAUUCUGUGUGACAGAAGUAGUAGGAAGUGAGCUGUUCAGAGGCAGGAGGGUCUAUUCUUUGCCAAAGGGGGGACCAGAGUCCCCGCGCGAGCCGCCCGAGGACGCGGAUGCCGAGGACGCGCGCGAGCCGGGCAGGGCUGGUCUGGGCACCGUCCGGGUAGGAGCCGCACCGCAGUCCGAAGGCUUUUUGCAGGCGUCCGCUUGGAAGGAGAACUUGGGAUCUUUCUGGGAACCCCCCGCCCCGGCUGGAUUGGCCGAGCAAGCCUGGAAAAUGGUAAAUGAUCAUUUGGAUCAAUUACAGGCUUUUAGCUGGCUUGUCUGUCAUAAUUCAUGAUUCGAGGCUGGGAAAAAGACCAACAGCCUACGUGCCAAAAAGGGGGCAGAGUUUGAUGGAGUUGGGUGGACUUUUCUAUGCCAUUUGCCUCCACACCUAGAGGAUAAGCACUUUUGCAGACAUUCGGUGCAGGGGAGAUCAUGUUUGACUGUAUGGAUGUCCUGUCAGUGAGUCCUGGGCGAAUCCUGGAUUUCUACACUGCGAGCCCGUCUUCAUGCAUGCUCCAGGAGAAGGCUCUCAAAGCAUGCUUCAGUGGAUUGACCCAAACCGAAUGGCAGCAUCGGCACACUGCUCAAUCGAUUGAGACCCAGAGCACCAGCUCCGAGGAACUGGUCCCGAGCCCCCCGUCUCCGCUUCCGCCGCCCCGCGUGUACAAGCCCUGUUUCGUCUGCCAGGACAAGUCGUCGGGCUACCACUAUGGGGUCAGCGCCUGCGAGGGCUGUAAGGGCUUUUUCCGCAGAAGUAUUCAGAAGAACAUGAUUUACACUUGUCACCGAGAUAAGAAUUGUGUUAUUAAUAAAGUCACCAGGAAUCGAUGCCAGUACUGUCGGCUCCAGAAGUGCUUUGAAGUGGGGAUGUCCAAAGAAUCGGUCAGGAAUGACAGGAACAAGAAGAAGAAGGAGCCUUCGAAGCAGGAGUGCCCGGAGAGCUACGAGAUGACGGCCGAGCUGGACGACCUCACUGAGAAGAUCCGCAAGGCUCACCAGGAGACCUUCCCCUCGCUCUGCCAGCUGGGCAAGUAUACCACGAAUUCCAGCGCUGACCAUCGAGUCCGGUUGGACCUGGGCCUCUGGGACAAAUUCAGUGAACUGGCCACCAAGUGCAUUAUUAAGAUCGUAGAGUUUGCCAAACGCCUGCCAGGUUUCACCGGCCUGACCAUCGCAGACCAGAUCACCCUGCUGAAGGCCGCCUGCCUCGACAUCCUGAUUCUCAGAAUCUGCACCAGGUACACCCCAGAGCAGGACACCAUGACGUUUUCGGACGGCCUGACGCUGAAUCGAACCCAGAUGCACAACGCCGGCUUUGGCCCUCUGACCGACCUAGUGUUCACCUUUGCCGGCCAGCUCCUGCCGCUGGAGAUGGACGACACGGAGACCGGCCUUCUCAGCGCCAUCUGCCUGAUCUGUGGAGACCGCCAGGACCUUGAGGAACCAACAAAAGUAGAUAAGCUACAAGAACCACUGCUGGAAGCACUGAAAAUUUACAUCAGAAAGAGACGGCCCAGCAAGCCUCACAUGUUCCCAAAGAUCCUGAUGAAGAUCACAGACCUCCGCAGCAUCAGCGCGAAAGGUGCGGAGCGUGUAAUUACCUUGAAGAUGGAAAUCCCUGGCUCGAUGCCGCCGCUCAUCCAGGAAAUGCUGGAGAACUCUGAAGGACACGAGCCCUUGACCCCCAGCUCCAGCGGGCACACGGCGGAGCCCAGCCCCAGCGUCUCCCCCAGCUGCCUGGAGCCCAGCGGCGCUGGCCAGUCCCCGCUGCUGCAGUGAGACACUCUCUAGCUACUCCAGCAUUCCCCAGUACCUUCACUCCUGGGAUUUAAAAUGCAAGGAAGAAACAUUUUUACUGCUGCUUAGUUUUUGGACUGAAAAUAUAUUAAAACUCAAGAAGGACCAAGAAGUUUUCGUAUGUAUCAAUAUAUACCCCUCACUGUCUAACUUACCUAAAAGUACAAACUUUUUAAAUUCUAAAAAUCAGCCAUUUCAUGCAACCCAAAACGAGUUAAAAGCUUCUGUUUUCCUCUUUGAACACGCAAGAUUGCAUGGCAAAGACCCAGUCCCCACGGUGCACCCUGGCCGUGUUUCUGAAGACUCUGUACAUACAGCGGCGCGGCUCUCCGCCUUUCGUGUCCCACACUCCAGGGAGCCAAGGCCCACGGUCGUGGAGCGGAUUACUGUGCGUGUCCAGUUAAGGGAGGGUCAAAAGGAUAAGUGUUUUGCUUUCACAGAACAAUCAAGACAUCCAGGUAAGGAAGUGGAGUAUUGUAGUGUGACGAGAUAAGGCUAAAGAUACUCUAAUUCAGUUAGUGUAGACGCUUGUCCUUGCUCUCCGGAUGCUCUCAAACUGCGUCUUUCAUUUCCUGUUGCCCAGUAAAUGUAUCCAGAUUCACUGCGCUAGCAGAAGACUUCUCUAUCAGUGUAACUGCCAGUUCAGUUAUCAAACGUCAUUUGUUCAAUUGUUGAUGUCACUUUAAAUUAAAAAUGGUUUAAUACUUGUUUAAUGACAUAACUACACAAUUUUUUUAAAAAGAUACAUUUUUACAGUGAUAGCCUCCAAGGCAGCAACACUCUUCAGUGUUAAUAAGUUUUUGUUUACCUGUUCACAAGCCAUCACGGAGGUUCCAUGGGGUGACGACGGGCCGGCCUGCCACCUGCGCCAGGUAACUCUGUGUCCCAAGAGGGAAGGGCUGACCCCCCCAAGUCCUGGGCGGACAGUCUGCAUCCGCUGGCCUGGUUCAGCCGCUAUGAAGCAGGGUGGAGUGGUUAACAGAUCCAAGUGUCAGUUUUCUUAGGUCUCAUUUAAGCACUAGUGGAAUUUUUUUUUUUUUUUUUUGAUAUAUUAGCAAGUCUGUGAUGUACGUUCACUGGCUCUGUUUGUACAUUGAGAUUGUUUAACAGUGCUUCUAUGUUCAUAUACUGUUUACCUUUUUCCAUGGAGUCU